UUCAGCAAUAGUUGAAUAGUUAGUGGUUGAGUAGUUUUUGAGUAGUUUUGAGUAGUUUUUAUGGUAUCAUACGCUUAUUUAUUAAGAUUACAUAGGUAAAAAAACAACAAACAAAUAACUAGAUAUUAUUUAACACUUUUUUGUGGUGGGGCCAGUGAAAAUGUUGGCAGGGCCAGUAAAAAUUGGAAUCACUUGCCCGACUGGGCCAGUAGAAAAAAUCCUUAGCGUUGAGCAUUGAAAAGUAAAUAGUUGUGCUUAUUAUGAUCAAAUAUAUUGUGUAUUUUGUAUAAAUUGUAUAUUGCGAGACUAACCCCCACCCCCACAAAAAAGUCUUAUGGUGGGGACAAGACUUGAUUCAAUUCGAGCACUGCAUAUAUGUAUUCAUUAAACUUGUACCAUACAUUAGUUAAUUUUUUCAUAUACUGCAAUGAAAACAUCUGACCAAUUAAAUAUAUAGCAACAUUCAAAUAAAACUAGUAAACACGUUUAUUGUCUUUUAAAAACAACUUAUCUUAACUAUAGCUGUUGUUACUACACUUGCUAUUGGUAAACAGAUGUCAUUGGUUGACUCCCCUUGCUGCUUUGAGCACGAUUGGUUAAACUUACUGUCAUUCAGGAAACUAGCCAAUUAGAACUGUUCGCGCCCUUCACUGGUUCAUUUUGAACAUACGCGCGAGUUAUGUCUGUCAGUUGGUUUCAGUAUUAUUGAUGGUCCAGUUAUAUGUAAACAGCGCUGGAGACACGAAGUCGUGUGGAAGAUGCAGGCUGCUGGAGAAUAAUCACACGCAUUAACAGCUUUACCAGCGACCAGCAGAAGGUAAAAACUUGUUUUUGUAUUUUCGUCUAGUGUGAUGCUAAUCGCGAUUAGCAAUAUUAGCAAUAACUUCAAUGCUAUAACAUUCUACAUAAUAUUGAGCUUAAGUAAACUUCCUCUUCUCACACGUGCUUUUCUUUAAGUACACAGAAAUAUAUGAUACGAUUUGCCUGGGCAGUACACACACCCGAUGAAGGGAAGAAACGCUACACAGGCACCCAAACUCCAUCAGUAGCAUAACAAGGUGAUGUGUUCUCUGAUGUCAGAAUGAGAACUUACAUGCGUGGGGCACCAACAGUGUUCUUCAUAAGUACACUAUGGGUGCUGCUUAUCCCAGCGCUGGCUAACAUUGACUCCAGUGGAGGCAUUGCAUUCCUGGGAGGGAACUAUGAAGGAACUCAUCCCAUGUUGUACUUUGGCCAAACAGAGGUUGAAGUUCUGCAGAGAGCAGCAAUGGGAACACACAAGGCUUUGGCCCAACAAAUUCGGGAGGCCGGAGAGGCCAUCCUGGAGCGACCAGAGGAAUAUCUGCCUCCCUGGCACCCUGAAGAGUUCAGUGCUCGCUGGAACGAAGUGUAUGGGAACAAUUUAGGCCUGCUUUCAAUGUUUUGCCUACUGUAUCCACACCGUUCUGGUGCACUGGACAUAGCCAAGGAAUACAUGGAACGAAUGGCUGCACAACCUAACUGGUUGGUGAAAGACGCUCCGUGGGAUGAGGUUCCGAUGGCUCAUUCUCUGGUUGGCUUUGCUACAGCAUAUGACUUCCUAUACGAGUACCUCAGUACAGUUCAGCAGGAGCGUUUCCUGCAGGUGAUUGGGAAUGCUUCACACUACAUGUAUGAAAAAUCUUAUCAUCGUGGCUGGGGAUUUCAAUACCUACACAACCACCAACCAACCAAUUGCGUUGCUCUUUUGACUGGCAGUCUUGUGCUUAUGAACCAAGGAUACCUCCAGGAAGCAUACCUCUGGACAAAACAGGCUCUUGCCAUUAUGGAAAAGUCUAUGGUCCUUCUCCAAGAUGUUACUGAUGGUUCUCUGUAUGAGGGUGUGGCUUAUGGAACUUACACUACUCGUUCACUCUUUCAAUACAUGUAUUUGGUACAGAGGCACUUUGAUAUUGGUCACUUCAGUCAUCCCUGGCUGCACAAACACUUCGCAUUUCUCUACAGGACACUGUUACCUGGUUUUCAGAGGAGUGUGGCAAUUGCAGAUUCCAACUAUAAUUGGUUCUAUGGACCAGAGAGCCAGUUGGUGUUUUUGGAUCGGUAUGUUAUGAGAAAUGGCAGCGGGAAUUGGCUGGCUGAUAUAAUCAGACAAAAUCGGGUUCUGGAGGGCCCAGGACAGGCAGGAAGGGGUCAGCGCUGGUGCACACUACACACAGAGUUCCUCUGGUAUGAUGCCAGCCUUCAGCCCACCCCACCUCGUGAUUAUGGAACACCCCAUUUGCAUUUUUUUGAAGACUGGGGAGUAGUUACUUUCGGAAGUUCCCUACCUGCUGGGAGAAACCACUCAUUUUUAUCAUUUAAGUCCGGAAAGCUUGGUGGACGUGCUAUAUUUGACAUUGUACACCACAAAAAAUACAAAGACUGGAUCAAAGGGUGGCGAAACUUUAAUGCUGGCCAUGAGCACCCAGACCAGAACUCCUUUACCUUUGCCCCAAAUGGAGUUCCGUUCAUCACAGAAGCAUUGUAUGGGCCCAAAUAUACCUCCCUCAAUAAUGUUGUCAUGUUUGGACCUGCUGUGUCUGAAAGCUGCUUUGCUCCAUGGGAAGGUCAAGUUACAGAGGCUUGCAACUCUAAAUGGUUAAAAUAUAAGCAUGGGCAAGCGGCAGAUUGUCAUGGUCGGGUGGAGGUGGCUCUAGAACAGCAGGGCAUGGUGUUUAUCCGUGGGGAGGGCAUGGCAGCUUACAACUCUGAACUGAAGAUCCAAAAUUUUCAGAGAAACUUGUUGCUGAUUAAUCCUCAACUGCUGCUGAUGGUAGACCGUAUUCAUCUGCAUUCUGGCAGUCCAACACACAAAAUAAGUGCCUUCUUUCACAACACAGACUUGCCCUUCCAAAACACCCAAGAUGGUGGAGUUCAUGGCGCUGUGAUCAGAAACGGAAAUGAAUCGUACACAAUGUUCUGGUUGGAUGACAUGGGCAGCAGUGAAAGGGCAGCAGUGGGCUAUAGGAGCUACCCACGGGGGUACCCUUAUAAUGGAUCAAACUAUGUGAAUGUGACUAUGCCACUAAGGAAUCCCACAAGCAGAGUGGCUUACAUCUUCUUUGGGCCUGGAGAGGAUUUGCAAAGUUUCAGUGUGCAUGGUGAUUCAGAAAAACUAAACAUCUAUCUAGGCACCAGAAAACACACAUAUACCAUAUGUAUUCUUGCAGCUGAGGUUUCCACCAAAGCCCCAUAUGCAGUAGUGUUGACGGAUCAAAAGAAAGUGGUGUUUGAAAGUGCAUUAGAAAUAAAGGAACAGCCUGUAAAAGAAGUGGAGGAAUAUGUUAAUGUUGUUGAGGACAGUCUUCAGCAUGUCAAACCAGUCUUUCAGCAGCUAGAACGACACAUCCUGUCACGGGUUCUUAACACAGACAACUUUCACAAAACUGCUGAGCGUCUGCUAAAAUUCUCGCAGAAGAGAAACACAGCGGGAACUCUUGACAUUAUUGGCCUCUAUAAGAAGCAGGGAAAAGGAAAGGGAGGCAAAAAGACAAUCCUUUCUGACAGUCUACCAGAUAUAUUUUCUCAUAUCGAGGCAAAUGAGAAGAAGGAGAGACAACUGUCAAUGAAGCAUGCCUAUGAGGAUGUUCCAGAUGAGGGAGAUGAUGAUUCAAGGACAUUCAUUGAUUACAGUGACGUACGAAAGGGCAGAAAGGUUGGAUUUAUAAAGGGGCGGAAAUUUAAAGAAGUGCAGAUAGUGGCUACAGCAGAAACUGAGGAUACACCCAGCUCCACCUCAUAUAUACGGCUAUUCCUCAUUUCGAAUAUAGCCACUUUUUUUCUUCUGCUAGCAGUGUUGCUGACACGUUUCCAGAGGGCUCAGAGUUUGCACACACAACGUUUUCUCUACUGUGUCCUCCUCAUAGAUGGCUUCAUCCUGCUCUCUUUGUACUCCUCCUGCUCUCAGACUCAGUGUUAACAUCAUUAUUGACCCUUUUCUGCCAACGGAGUGCCAGGACUUGGCUUUACAUCAGAUAGCAAGACAAAAUAAUUAAAAAAUUAUACACACAUUCUGUUCAAAAUUACACACUUUGGUUCUGAAUAUUGUUGCCUCUGUAGCUUGCAUUGACUUGCUUGCAGUGUUUUGUGAUAGUUAUGUAUUAGCAAAUCUCAACAUGACAACAUGAUGAGUCAUUGUGGUUGAGACCAGAGCCUAUGUCCUAUGUGCACUGUUUUAUUUCUCUUUUACUUUCGCCUUUGAAACCGACCCCGUUCAGCAGGGAGGGAAGGGGAGGUUAAGUGAAGGAGAGUCCCAGUAACUCAUUUAGCUUUCCUGUAGCUCAGUGGUUAGAGCAUGGCGCUAGCAACGCCGAGGUCAUGGGCUCGAUCCCAGGGAUUGCACAUACUCCAAAACAAAUGUAUAGCAUAAUGCUAUGUAAGUCGCUUUGGAUAAAAAGCAAAUGCAUAAAUGUAAAUGUUGGGGUCAGCUCUACUAAAUUAAAACAGUAAAUUAUUAUUUACCUACUCUCGUGAGUAAAUGUGUAGUUUUUUAAUAGUUGACACUGGCAUAAAAAUGCAUUGUAACAUAUAAAUGACUUUAAAUAUUACAAUUAAAUUCAAAAUGGACUUAAAUAGCGCUUUUCACAGUUUUCAUUGGUGCAAAGCAGUUUUACAUAAUAAUACAAAGA